UGUUUGGGCAAGUAUUUAAGAAGUAUCUAAAACCUACUAAAAAGAUGCAAAAUCUCACUGAUAUUUCAAAGCGAGGAUUUGCAUCCAACUGGUUUGGAGGAAACAAUACAGGAGCUAAAAUCGAUCCAAGGCAGAAGAAAUUCAACGAAUUCUUGAAAAAUGUUGCAGAUUAUGAAGAUAACUUGGACGAUAACCUCCAUCCUUACUCGAAGGAACAAGGUCCUCUUGCAGGUUUUGCUACCGGUGAAGGCACUAUGAAAUAUAUGGAAAGGAACAAUGACAUAAUUCCCGAGGAGAACUUCAAGACACCUUUUAACUCAGACUUAAAGAUCUCUAGCUUAGGUGUGGGCACCUACGUGGGAGCCCCUGACGAUGAGACUGACUAUUAUAUGUACAACGGGAUCAAGACUAGCGUCCUUAGUGGAGGAAUCAAUAUGAUCGAUACAGCAAUUAACUACAGAUAUCAGAAAUCUGAAAGAGUUGUAGGAGCAGUUCUAGAUUCCUUGGUAAAUAAGUACGGAUAUACAAGAGAUGAAUUCUUUGUUGCCACCAAAGGCGGCUUCAUAGCAGACGAUUCCCAAAACGGGAUUCCUGGAAGAAUCAUCAUUGAGGAUUUGAUCAGUGAGGGAAAGCUGAAAAAGGAAGAUGUAAUUCAAGGUAACAUUCAUUGUAUCCAUCCAGCAUUUUUGGAGAAACAGCUUGAUCUCAGUUUGAAAAAUAUGAACCUUGAAACAGUUGAUCUUUACUAUCUACAUAAUGCCUAUGAGAUGCAAGGACCCAACCAUUCAAGUGAUGUGGUUAUGGAUAGACUUGGAGCAGCUUUUGAAUUCCUAGAAUCAAAGGUUGAAGAAGGGAAAAUCAAAAACUACGGAAUGGCAACCUGGUUAUGCUUCAGAGCACAACCUAGUGAGGAAAAGAUAUACUUAAAUUUACAAAAGGUAGUAGAAAUGGCAGAAAAAGUUUGCGGCAAAGAUAAUCAUUUCAAUUAUAUUCAAGCUCCAAUCAAUGUAAUGAUGGCAGAAGCUUUUGUUGAACCAUGGCAAGAGUUUACUGAACAAAAGGGAGAUGAAACUGUCACUACUAAAGAAAUGUUAGUAGCUAUCUGUAAUAUCCUGGAAAUCAACUUAGUAUCUUCUCAGCCUCUAUUCCAAGGAAAGCUAGCAGGGCUUAGUUUGCCAAAUCAGAUGGGAGUUGAAAAUGUAGCUGCACGUCAUUUACAAUUAAUCCGGUCAAUUCCUACAAGAUGACUUCUAUCAACUCUUGUUGGAAUGAAGGAUUCAAAAAAUGUGAAGAAUAACCUUGAAGUUGUUAAGAAGCCAUUAAUGACGAAGGAAGAAUGGUUUGAUGUUCUGCAGCCACAAAAAAAUCCAGGAAAUAAUAUUGAAAAGAAGUCAUAA